AUUACCUUUCUCUAUUGCCACUUUCUAUUUCAUAACCAGACCGAUUCAUUUUGUUAUACCUAUCCAGAGUUAAUUAUUUUUUGGAACUCCUACAGGCAUGUAAACAAUCACUUUGUAGAUGAUGAACUUGAGCGGGACAUGGAACUAGCAGAACAAAUUGCAUUAGCUCCACCCAGUCCUAUACAAAUGGCUGGCUCGUGGACUUUAAAAAUAGGGAAAAAUGUUUAUUUAAGCUUGAGUCAGGAAAUACAGAUGUUAAAUGAAUUUGCCGCAUGCUAUUCCCAGGUUGAAGGAGUGACUCCUGAAUCCGGCACUUUGAGGUUGAAGGCACAUGAUUAUGGGGAACCUCUUCAUCUACAGCUGGGCAUAUCUUCAUUAGUUUCCUUGCAAAUUAAAAGCACAUUUUAUAAAGUUGAAGGUGGUCUAAUGACUUUAUUGAGGAGGUGUCUGGAAUUGGAAAAGGGUAGUUCAAAAAGUAUCAUAACAGGCCACAUUGACCAUUAUCAGAGUUUGAAAUCUGAAGAUCGUGGAUGGGGUUGUGGAUGGCGCAAUAUUCAAAUGUUAAGCUCCCACCUUUUGAUGCAGAAUCAAGAAGUGAGGGAUGUUAUGUUUGGAGGGUGUGGAUUUGUUCCUGAUAUUCCAUCACUCCAGAGGUGGCUGGAGAUUGCUUGGAGAAAAGGUUUUGAUUCAGAUGGUUCAGAAACAUUUUGUAAUAAAAUUUAUGGCACUACGAAAUGGAUUGGAACCACUGAGUGUGCUGCACUCCUUCGUUCUUUUGGCCUUAGAGCAAGAGUUGUAGAUUUUGAUAGUUUGUCAUCUCCAUCACCAUCGUUGUCCAAUGAAUCUUGGUGCGGAAAGGACGGAAAUCAUCAACACCCCAGAGAUAAAAGGAAAGCAAAACAGGUUUAUGGGCCACUUGACAAGUUUCUUAUUCAAAGGAAGCUUAGUGCUUCUUCAGUGGGUGUCUUGUCAUGUGAAAGUUCUCAGCAUGUGCUUCAUGCUGGUACCUUGAUAGAUGAUGACUGCAAUCAAUAUAAUGGGGAGAUUAAGAGCCAUCAUAUCCUUGUUGAUUGGGUCUGGAACUAUUUUAACAGUGGACUUUCCAAUGCACGUAAUGAUUCUAAAGGUGUUUUUGUCAGUGAAAGAACUCCUUUAUACUUUCAAUCCAAUGGUCAUUCAAGAACCAUCAUUGGAAUCCAACGGCACAAGGGAUUGCGAGACUUGCAAGAUCAAUAUUUUCUUUUGGUUCUCGAUCCUUCUGAGAGAACAGAAGAUUUGGAAAGGUCUCUCCAAGCUAGCAGUGGAUGGCAAAGGUUGAUAAAAAGAGGGGUGCAUACCUUGAGAAAGCCACAGUACCAGCUGUGUUAUGUUGAUCAUGGAAUUGCCCAUAAAGAGGAGAUGGAGCAGCUCAAGGUUAUUCAUAGCAUCUUAAUUAAAUUCUAAACGAAGUGGAUAUGGAUAUUAUGAAGGUGUACCUCACACCAGAUUUGGCCUGACGAAAGACCUGAAGAUCUGGAGCUGCAUAAGUGAUCGAUCUGCAAUUUUAUUUUAGCAAGAUUCAGAUGCAUGGUAAUUUACACUGGUUACAAAUGAAAAAUUGAUUUUGGGACAAGUACAUUGCUCCAAAGAGGAUGCUCAUUACUGCAGCUAAUGUCUCACCCCCUUGAGAUUUAUGUGCUGAUACUGCAACUGCACCCACCCAAACAAUCAAUGCCCAUGAGCAGAAUGUCACUACUUGAAACAGGCCCAUUCCAAUUCCUUUUAUUAUCGCCUCUUUCUUGCACAUCGUGUAUUGCUUCUCCAUGAACAUGGCAAAGGACUUGGUCACGCUAUUUUCGCCAACAAAGGAGAAAACUGUCUUGAUUUGAGUUAAUGUCUGUAUGCAUGAAUGUUUCAAAACGUUAGGUGCUUCAUGAUGAAAUAUAAAUUCCUAUAAGAACCAA